CAUCCCUUUAUUUUCUUACAGAUUAGGUCGCGCCUCUUCUUCUUCAUCAGUUCUUCUUCAGUUGUUCUUCUGGUUUGAGCUCCACAGUUACCAUUGUUGCAGCGUUUGUAGUGGGAGCUAGAGCAGCAGCGGCUGGAGAAGCUAAAGCAGUAGAAGGUGAAACGAUACAAUGGUGCGACCAUAUGGUGUUAAAGGGCUUAAGAGGAAGAAGAAAGAAAAGUAUGCUGAAGAAGAAAUAGAACAAAAGCUCGAAGAAGUGGAGGCCGAAGCCCCCAUGAAGAAAGCAAAAACAGAAGAUGAAGAUGAGACUGAGCUUGGUGGGAUUCCAAUCUCUAUAACCGAUCAGAAAGCUAAACCUGGAGUUAUAUUCAUCCUUGAAAGGGCUUCUCUUGAAGUAGCUAAAGUUGGAAAGGGUUUUCAGCUUUUGAGUUCAGAUGAACACGCUACCUUCAUCAAGAGGAGUAAAAAAAAUCCGGCUGAUUAUCGCCCUGACAUAGCUCACCAGGCCAUUCUUGCCAUUUUUGAUAGCCAGCUAGCCAAGGCUGGAAGAUUGAAAGCUGUAUUUGUGAGGACGGAGGGAAAUAAUCUUAUUGAAAUUAAGCCACAUGUUCGUAUACCAAGGACCUACAAACGAUUUUGUGGUCUCAUGUUGGAGCUGCUGCAGAAACUAACUAUAACCGCAGCUGGUACACGCGAGAAACUUAUGAAGAUGGUUAAGAACCCAGUAACUCAAUAUCUGCCCCUCAAUUCCCGUAAAAUAGGUUUCUCAGUUAGCUCGGAAAAGCUGGUGGACAUGCACGACUAUGUGACCACUGUUCCAGAUGAUAUGGACUUGGUUUUCGUGGUUGGUGCUAUGUCCCAUGGUAAAGUUGAUGACCAUUAUGUUGAGGAUUACUUAUCAAUUUCGAGUUAUCCAUUGAGUGCAGCAUGCUGUAUCGCAACGAUAUGUGGCGCUUUGCAGAGGAAGUGGAAGAUUUUGUGAACACUACUUGUUUAGUAGUAGUGCUUUUUGUUCUUCCUCAAUUUAAUUUGGUGGAAAUAGCCAAUGUACUAAUAGUGAUUGUGUGACUUUUCUUUUUAAUAUUGUAUCAACUUAUUAUUCUAGACAAGUUUUAAAAAACUUGCAUUA